AUGCAGAAAGGUGAGAAAUAUCAUGGAACAAAACUAGUCACCCUCUUGAUAUUGGCCUCUUCCGUCGCUCUUUGCUUCCACCCUUCAUGCAAAAACCUCUCUCAAUUUUCAUUCCCCGUCACCUCUCCCUUUUCUUCAGAUCACACCUUCUCUCACAUCCUUGUAGCCUCCUCCAUCGGCAUCAUCGUCGCCGCCGCCCUUCAUUACCGCCUCCGAAACCACAAGGAUCACAAGAUCGUCCCCCGCCUCAAGGUUUCCGACUCAGUCCGCGUUCAUCAGAAGCUCGAGAGGUUCCCCCACUACGUAGCUAGGCAGCUGGGAUUUAAAGACAGAAGAGAAUGUCCGCAGCUCUGCAAGUUGGCCACUGAAUACAUUAGAAAAUUUGAGGGGUUUGAGGAGGACAUCUACAACUUCUUUGCUAGUGAACCGGAUGCAGAUUCGCUCUUCGUGAAACUUGUCGAGGAGUUUGAGAGAUGCAUUCUUAGUUAUUUUGCAUUUCACUGGGGCCAAGGUGAUCUGAUGAUUACUCAGAUCUUGAGCUGUGAUAAUGAGCCUAGAAAGAAGCUCAAGAACAUUGUCAUGGCAGCAACCAGAAAACAGAGAUUCGAGAGAGUGACGAAAAAUUUGAAGGUGGCUAGAGUUUUCACUACCUUAGUGGAAGAGAUGAAGGCAAUGGGACUCGCAGCGCCAGAUGACUCGACGUGUACAGAGGUGAUGGCUCCGGUGGCUCACGCUGAUAGAAGUCCGGUCCUACUCCUCAUGGGAGGCGGAAUGGGAGCAGGGAAGAGCACUGUGUUAAAGGACAUUCUCAAAGAACCGUUCUGGGCUGGAGCAGCGGGGAAUGCAGUAGUGAUUGAGGCAGAUGCCUUCAAAGAAUCAGAUGUCAUAUACAGAGCUCUCAGCUCCAGAGGCCAUCAUGAUGACAUGCUUCAAACCGCUGAACUGGUACACCAAUCAUCUACGGACGCAGCAUCAUCCCUCCUCGUCACAGCGCUUAAUGAAGGGCGGGAUGUCAUCAUGGACGGCACACUCUCUUGGGUGCCCUUUGUUGUGCAGACAAUAACAAUGGCCAGAAAUGUUCAUCGCCGCCGUUACCGCAUGGGACCUGGUUACAGGGUGAAUGAGGAUGGAACUGUCACUGAAAACUAUUGGGAACGACUUGAUGAUGAAGAACCAGAAAAAGUAGGAGGCAGAAAGAGAAAACCAUACAGGAUAGAGCUCGUUGGAGUCGUGUGUGAUGCUUAUCUAGCUGUUAUAAGAGGCAUAAGGAGAGCUAUCAUGGUUAGAAGAGCGGUGCGAGUAAACUCACAAUUGAAAUCCCACAAGAGAUUUGCAAAUUCAUUUCUAACGUAUUGCCAACUGGUUGACAACGCGAGACUAUAUUGCACGAAUGCAUUGGAAGGCCCGCCUAAGUUGAUAGGAUGGAAAGACAAAGACAGAACAUUGCUUGUGGAUCCAGACGAAAUCGACUGCUUAAAAAGGGUGGGCAGGUUAAAUGACAUGGCAAAUUCCAUAUACGAACUUUACAAGCACCCUAACCCAGCUUGUAAAACCGGGUCAGUCUGGAAGGACAUUGUCUUAUCGCCUUCAAGGUUAAACAUUCAAAAGGAGCUGAAGUACUCCAUCCAGAAAGUUGAAAGAUUGAAACAAUAAAACAACCGAACCAGCCAAGUAGCG